AUGGCCAACGCGUCAGAGGUCCCAACAUCGAGUUUGACGUCGACUACAUUGAUCACAUAUCCGGCUAGGGAUGACCAAACCCCCGAAAACUCAUCGGCAGCGGCGAGCUCGAGCCAAGCAAGCAAGGCGGCGCCUAGAGCACAAGUCAAGGAGAGACUAUACAUUGGAAAUCUUCAUCCUACAGUCGAUGAGUAUACACUCAUACAGCUGUUCUCUCGCUUUGGAAAGAUUGCCAAGCUGGACUUUUUGUUCCACAAGGCUGGUCCGAUGAAAGGCAAACCGCGUGGAUAUGCAUUCGUCGAAUAUGCAGAUGCGGAAAGUGCAGCUAAGGCUCUCCAUGCCUGCAAUCAAAAGUUGCUGCGAGGACGAAAGAUUUCGGUAACAUUUGCAACUCAGGCACCUGAUUUCUCAACAUCCGGCCGACCCAGAAUAGGAGAGGUUAAGACAACAUCUCUUUCUCUUCUCAAGACGCCAAGUAAGCCAAUGGGAACCGAGAGCAAAAUUGCCGCGUUGGAAGCGAAACUCAAGCAAAUGGAGCAAGAAAAGCAGACAGGAUUUGGAGAUGCCGAACCAACGGGACAAUCCAGCUUGCCGUCUAGACCGGCACAUCUACCUCCAAAGCCGCGUGGCUGA